GCCUGGUGUAACCAACCCUUGCAAUUCAACUCAAGACCAUACAAACAACCCACACUUACAACCACCUGUUCCCUAGCAAAUGGCCCAAUGCUGCACUUCAUCAGACACCUAAUCCAGCGCGCCUGGAAAAGGCCCUCCAGCCUCGCCUUCACGCUCAUCGCGGCCUUCAUCAUCACCCCCGUCUUCCUCUAUCAUCUCCUGGCCUACCUCGCCAAUGAUCCCCGUCUCGUCCCCAGCGCAUUCCGCACCGCCAAGAACAUCCUCCUUGUGACCGCGCAUCCUGACGACGAGACCCUCUUCUUCAGCCCCAGCAUCCUCUACCGCAGCAAAGAUGCGACGGUCAAUCGCGCUCUAUUAGCGAUAUCAUCCGGCAACUACGAAGGCAUCGGCGACCUCCGCCACAGCGAACUCCAACGCAGUUGCGCUGAACUGGGAAUCAAGGCCGAGCGAUGCGUGAAUCUCGACCACUACGAACUGCAAGAUAAUCCGCAGAGAUGGUGGCGAGAGGAUCUAAUUGAGGAGCUCGUGGCGCAGCACGUCAAGAAAUGGAAUAUUGAUUUGAUCAUUACGUUUGAUGACGGGGGUAUAUCGGGACAUAUUAAUCAUCGGGCGGUUAGCGCUGGUGUGAGUAAAUAUAUAUCGAAGAAUGCACAAGGCCCCCCGGCAUAUGCGCUGCAGACUAAGUUCCUGCUGCGGAAGUAUGCCGGGCUGGUUGAUUUGGUUCCGACGUCGGUGCCAUUUGCAGGUCGUAUUCUGAAGGCGCUUUUGACGGCUCCGCCGGAGUAUGAUGGGCUCAAAGUUGGGGAUGGGAAGGGCGGCAAGCCACGUGAGGAUCCGUAUGAAGAUAAGGCGCUUUUGGUUAGUGACUGGCGGACGUAUUUCCAAGCGCGGAGGGCAUUCGGUCAACAUGGGAGUCAGUAUUCCUUUGAUCGGGUGUUUUAUCUGCUCAUCAGUCGGUAUAUGUGGUAUAACGACCUGAGAAAGAUGGUCUAAUUAGAUGGUUUGGAGUAUGGGGUUUUUGGCGAUGAAUUUAAUAUUAUGCGGAUUACCGUAGUCCUAGGUGGUUACUGUAUGUACUGUACAUGAUGCGUAGCUCGCCCGUUGCUCUCAGUAAACACAUUGGGAAAAGCGACAAAGAGAAGAAGAGAUGUAGAAGAGAGAGAAGAAAAAUCGAGUAUCAAACAACCUUUUCCGAGACCUUGAAGAUCGACGUGGACGUCUCCACUUUUGUCCCGCGUCGUCGCGCGGCAAUCACCGUCAAACUUACUAUACAACCACCCACCAUGGCUACGGUGAGAAUACAAUACAGCACUCGAUUCCCCACCCCCUCGACCAUCCGGAGUAAAAGCGCAUCGUUCGCGUGCCAGGACGAUGUCCCUAGAUGUCGGAAGAGCGGAGUAUCCACGAACCCAUUCAGCAUGUGCAUAUUCGGACGAUCGGGUGGACCGGACAAAAUACGGAGCGAAGUUCGAUUAAACUGAGUAGUGUAGAUCGUCCUAC